UUCAAUUCCAAGCUCAGAAAAUGUCCAAGAUGAAUUCUUUCAUUCUAAAGAGCGUGAUGAAUGUCUUGCUGAUAAUCAACACAGUUGUAUCUGUAGCUGAUUCUCAAAGUGACGAAGACUACAACGAGGAAACUGAGGAAUGUCGAUUACUUUUGCGGUGCUGGAACGACCAGGUUGAUGAAUUUGUUUACGAUCCAUAUUAUCUUAGCAACACAACGGUUUUUGAUUUCUGCGAAGUCUUGGACGAGUUCAAAUUGUGUGUGGACAAACACCAGGCUGCUUGCAGUAACAGAGAAAAUCACCUAGAAGCUGAUAGUGUAAAAGCUAUGGGCAAUACAGUUUGUAACGCGGCAGGGAAGUCCGCUGUUGAAGAGUUUGAAACUUCGCAGUGUAUGAUUGAUGUGGAGAAGAAACGGAGGGUACAAGAUGCUAGAGACACGUGUUUUUACGGUGACAACCACAUUUGCAGCAACGACCCUAGCGAAUAUAAGCGAUGCUUAAGGGAGGCUAUACAAGGGGACUGUGGCGAGAAUGGUGCUCGAGUCUUUGCCAGUGUAGCUUGGGAAUACUACUGGGGUGUUUUAUAUGCUCAGCUGUGUAACCAGUAACCAUGUCUGUCAUACCUGUCAAAUAAACCACACAGGGUUGGCAAUUUAAACACAACCCUAAAGUUUUCAAGGGAUUUACAUUUGUGAAGUCAUAUUGCAACAUAAAAGACUUAAACAUUAUUUAUAAAAUAAAUGCUGCUUCUGAAAAAAUGAUGAUAAUUACAAUUA